AUGAAAGUCACCAAGAAGAUGCCCAAGAAGCGGAGGAACUCUCGCAAGCAGAGCUGUUCCGCUUACGUGUACAGGGUGCUGACCCAGGUCCACCCUUCCACCAGAAACUCAUCCGAGGCCAUGAAUGUUAUGAGUUCCUUCAUUGUUGACAUUUUCGAGUGCAUCACCUCCGAGGCUUUGCACCUCAUUCAUUGUGACAAGCGCCACACCAUCUCGGCCAGGGAGGUCCAGAGCGCUGUCUACCUCAUGUUGCCAGGGGAAUUGGCCAAACACGCCGUCUCUGAAGGCACCAAAGCAGUCACCAAGUACACCAACUUCGUUCAGGUCGACAAUUCUAAUGAUUAUUUUAAGCAAUGUUGUCAGCCUCUUCUUUAA